AGACACCUAAUUAGCUGACUAGCUCGGACAUGACGGAUUCACACUUUUGAGUUAAGUAUCUAUUCGUAUACAGGCAGUCAUUAUACAAAGGGACAGCAUAAAGUGCCCGCGCAAAUGUGUAGAACUACCGUACAGUAUGACAACACACAAUGUGACACAUUUUAAUUACUUUUGUAGUGAUAAGAUAGUGAGUUGGGGGAACAUAAACAAUUCUGAUUAGCAGCAAAGAUGGAGAAAUACUUUGUACUAUAAUAAACAAUAAAAUAUUGUGCAAAAGAGCAGUUUCUGAUAGGUAUGAACAAUUUGUAAGAUGGUUAUUGAUCAGUGUUUGUGCAUGUGUGCUUCAGUUCAGUCCCGAUGUUAUUGAGUUUGUGUGUGUGUAUGUUUAGCAGUCCAUUUUUGUUGAGGAGACAUAAGGCUUUUGGAAAGAAGCCGUUACAUAGUUUGGAUGUGAGUGCCUGAAUGCUUUGGUGCCUUUUUCCAGAUGGCAGGAGGUUGAAGAGUGUGUGUGAUGAGUGCUCAGUUACAAUGCUGGUGGCUUUAUAGAUGCAGCGUGUGGUGUACAUGUCUACGAUAAAAGGGAGAGAGAUCUCAAUGAUCUUCUCAGCUGUCUUUAUUAUAUGCGCUGUAGGGUCUUGUGGCCCGCGAUGGUGCAAUUCCCAAACCAAACAGUGAUGCAGCUGCUCAGGAUGCUCUUGGCGCCUCUACAGGAGAUGGUGAGGAUUGGUGGUAGAAGCUGGGCCUUCCUCACCCUCUCCAUGAAGAGAAGAUGUUGUUGGGCUUUCUUGUGCAGGGAGCAGGUGUUGAAGGAGCAGGUGAGGUUCUACUCCAGGUGGACACAGCCCUGGGGAGCUCCUGUGCUCAGUGUGGUGGGGCUGGAGGUGUGGUCCUCGAUGCGCACUGACUGAGGUCUUUUGGUCAGAAAGUCCAGGAUCCAAUUGCAGAGGAAGGUGUUCAAUCCCUGUUUGCUCGUUGUGUAAAAUUUCCGGAUUCUGUUUGAUAAUGAAUAACACAGUCGCUAGUUAACUGGUGUGGGGGGGGGCCUUAACGAGCUUCCCUCCGCCCGUUCAUUGUCGGCUGCACCUCCGCUCCCUCCUCUCCCUCCUCUCUCCGCUCCCUCCAUCUCUCGCCGCAGAACCUGACGCGGUGUCGGAUUUCAGGGGCAAACAGAGUCUAAAGCGGGAGGACUGAACACUGAACCGGGACCAGAACAGAAGCACCAAGGCAGGUGAAUCAAGUGUGAAGACUGUGUUGGCGGGACCGGUUCUGCAUUUGCAGGAGAAAACGUGACGGGAAUCCGAGCGGGUGGACGGGGAGAGAUCCAAAGAUCCUGGAAUUGAUCCAUGAGACGUGAUUAGACCUGGACCUGAAAACACAAACCUUCGAUCUAAGGAACGGAAUCCAAAGUCUGCAUUCUGGGGGUCAAACAACAUCUUAGUGUUAAGACCAAGCAAGAACUUUUAUUAGAUGUUGAUAAAGGCUGAAAGAAGACAGAGACCUGUACCUGCUGAUUGUUUGUGUUGCAGGUUGAUGAGGAUGAUGAACCCAGCAGAGAAGAUGAAGAAGAAGCCUACAAAGGACAGCUUGACACUGCUUCCCUGUUUCUAUUUUGUGGAGCUGCCCAUUGUGGCGUCGUCUAUGGUGUCUCUCUACUUCCUGGAGCUAACGGAUGUGGUGCAACCAGCUCAGGUGGGGUUCCGAUGCCGAGACAGAGAGCUCAGCAUGCCGUACGUGGACGGAGGAGAUGAGCUCAUCCCUCUGCUGAUGUUGCUCAGCCUCGCCUUCGCGGGACCUGCUGCUUCGAUCAUGGUGGUUGAAGGUGUGAUCUACUGCCUGCAGUCUAGACUCAAACUCCGCAGAGCUGAAGGAAGCAUCAACGCUGGAGGCUGCAACUUCAAUUCCUUCCUAAGAAGGACAGUUCGCUUCGUAGGUGUGCAUGUGUUUGGCCUGUGUGCCACGGCUCUGGUCACGGAUAUCAUUCAGCUGUCAACAGGGUACCACGCUCCGUUCUUCCUCACUGUCUGUAAACCCAACUACACUCAGGCUGGCGUUUCCUGUGACAAAAACCUAUACAUCACUAAAGACAUUUGCUCUGGACAUGACCAGCAUGCCAUCAUGACCGCCAGGAAGACGUUUCCUUCCCAGCAUGCAACCCUGUCAGCUUUCGCUGCCGUUUAUGUGUCUAUGUAUUUUAACUCGACUAUUUCUGACAGCACUAAGCUGCUGAAGCCAGUCUUGGUUUUUGCCUUCGCCAUUGCAGCAGCAUUAACGGGUCUGACUCAGAUCACACAGCAUCGUAGCCAUCCCAUUGACGUCUAUGUCGGCUUCCUGAUUGGAGCCUUCAUUGCUGCGUACCUGGCGUUUCAUGCAGUUGCCAACUUCAAGUCCUCAGAUGAUGUUUUUCCAGCCCCCCCACCCCCCCCAUCAAAAGAGGACCCUCUUCGUGCACUGACGGAGCGAGGGCACGAAUCUGUCUACAACAAGGGCCCGGCCUCUGCCUCAGAAAGCAAUGAUGAGAUUGCGGUGGCACCAGUCCCUAUGGACCGGCUGGAGGGCCUGGGGCCACUGCAGAGGGAGAAGGCCUCAAUGGGAAGCCUGAAGAGGGCCAGUGUGGACGUAGAGCUGCUUGCUCCUCGCAGCCCCAUGGGAAAGGAGACCAUGCUGACCUUUAGCAACACACUGCCUAGAGCUAGCAUGAAUGUUAAUGGGGUGUUGGGGGCCACUGAAGUUCCAGAUAAUCCAGUUCAGCCAGUCCAACCAGUGCAGCCAGUGCAGCAUCGUCUAAAGGCUGUGCAAGUUCCUUUGGACCCAAUGCGGUCACAGCAGUUGGUGUCAGAGUGGAAACAGAAGUCUAUAGAGAUGAGAGCCCUGAGCACCCGGGAUGAGCUUGAACAUGAUGCCAGCGAGGAUGGCUCUGAGGUUGGCUCUGUGGGGACUGAUGAGGGGGGCUCUCAGCCAAUCUACCAGCCCAUGGUGCAGUCUGGGAGAGCGGUUUCAAGUCGAAACCCCACCCCACCACCAGGGGGUGCCAAACCUGUGGCAACUCCCAGGCCGCCGCAGAUCCCUGAAACUGGACCACCACCAGUUUCCCCAAAGAGCGCCGUGACCCGGGCCAAGUGGCUCGCCAUUCGAGAAAAGACCAGCACAGAGGGAUCAUCCCGCAGUGCCACUAACCAGCCACGACUUAUGCAGGUUAUAGCCUUGUCAAAGCAGCACGGUCUCCUCCCCUCAUCCUCUUCUGGGGAGAAGUCCUCAGAGUCAACAUCCACCUGCUCAGGGACCUCCUCCACCACUGACUCGCCACACUAUCGCCCCCCCUCUGAGCAGCGAGAGGGCUUAGGCAUUAUCACAGUGGAUGCUCAUGCCCCCCACCACCCUGUUGUCCAAGCCAUGCCAACUCCACAAGCCCCACCCCUGGCAGCCAACAGUAACCCAUGGGAGUGGAAAGCAGCAUCCAAUGGGGCCGACCGCCGAGACACGUACGAUCUCAACAGCCUGAACAGAGGAGACUCAUCUGUCCGUGGAAGCAGCUUCCGGCCUCACAGAUCUGCCUCACCCUGCCCCGCCUUUGACUCCAACCCCUGCUCAGCUGCCCCUCACCCCCAGGUGGAGCUGUCUGCAGAUACCCAGCGCAAGGAGAUGGCCAUGAGACGCAAAACAGCUCUGGUUCUGCUGGAUCGAGAGAUACGUAACCAGACUGAACAGGAAAAUUAUUAUAAGAGUAUGCAUGGACGAAGGUUCAAGGAUUAGUCUUUUUCCUUUACAAAACAAAAGCCUUAUUUUAAGACUGGUCUCAAAUAGCAGUGAUGAGCAUGCAAUGCUUUUCUAUGACUUAUUGUGGUAAAAGAAAGGAAGGUUGCCAUCCAAGAGAGUCUAACCUGGUGCUGGGUGGCUCAAAGCUCUGGAUGGUUUGUCUUUAGUCUUCUCCUUGUCGCUGUGUCUGAGCUCGUCCUCUGGAGUCUGGUCCAGUUUCAAGAUUCAAGAUUCAAAAAACUUAAAUAAUCCCAGAGGUAAAUUAUUUUGCACACUUUGAUCGCCGUCAAAGUUAGAGGUACACACAAUAUCGUAGGGAGAUUAAAAAUUACGUCCACAGUGUUGAGCCUCUGAGCAGAAACCUACACAGUUUCCAUGGUAAUGGGUUGUGUGAACAAAGACUAGUCAUCCUAAGUCAAGUCAUCUUGUGUACUACAUACAUGCAACAUACACUGACCUUGUGCAGGUCAUAAAGCCAACUGUAAAUGAUUGUGUGGUGACUUGGUCCUUUCUUCUCAGCAUGUUUGGAGUCUCUGUGUGUAAUGGACCAAUGUGAGGUUAAAUAUUAAUACAAAUACAGAAUUUACAGAUGUUGUCUCUUAUCUUCUUUCAGAGUUUCAAUUUAAAACAUUUCAAAUUGAUUGUCUGCAGUGACAAGUUCGUUGGUGUCACAAUUGGCUGCUAGAAGGUUGAUUUAACUUCAAUACUUCAAUAAUAAGAUGAUAAAUCUGAUUAUUUCAGGUUAAGGUAAUAAUUUAUUUAUUAUUAUGUGUCAGUUUUUUAAUUCAGUGAUUAUUCUUCUGGUACAUUGGUUAUUAAUAUUUUUCCUUUAGCUGUACAUGGUGGUAAUUGUAGGUUCACUAAAAUGAAAGCUUUGUUCCUGUCCCUUCACAGCGGAUCAGAUUCAAACCAAAGCCUGGUUCAGAAACGCUAAAUGCUUUCUGUCCAGAUGUGGUUUUGCUCUUUCUCUGAAACUGCAUCAAAUGUAGAGAGACCCUGACUAUCUCCUGCUGUUCACAUGUCUGUGACGUUGCAUGUCUCCACAAUUUGAUACCUGAAGAAACUAAAGGCCAACAUUUUCCAUUUCAAUGUAAAAUCAUGAAUCAUCAUUUAUCUUGAAUUUGUAGACCUUGUGAACAGAAAUGUAAAAAAACUUAACUUGCUAUAAACAGUGAAAGGUGGAGACUGCAUGCUCUGUGCUCAUCAGGAUUCAAAUUAAACUGUGUUCUUCGUCAA